AUGACACCCACAGCAGUGGAAUCUGAAACAUAUGAUGAUGUUUUGUUGAAGCAAAUACUGGAGUCUGAUGACGAUGACUUUCUUAAAAGUUUUCCUUUGGCUUCGAAUGGGCAAUCCGAUGGACCACUUCCACCGGAGCUUGAAGCUGCCUUAGAAGAUACCGAGCAGGCAGAACAGUAUUUGACCAUUUUGAAAUCUAGAAUGGAUGCUUGGAAAGCUGCAGGGUUAACUGACGCAAUGAAAAGAGCUCUUGAACUCUUGCACGACAAUAAUGGUAGCGCCUUGACAAACGAAAACGCCGAGGAGGAGGGCGAAACAACGGAUGGAAGUAAUGAUGAACCAUCUACACCCACAAUUGAAGUUCAUAACAUUCAACCUCAACCAAGAAUAGCAGAAGGAUCAAUUUCGCGUCUUGUUAAUGGUGUCUCCUCAUUGGUUGAUAUUGAGAUUUGCUUUAAUCAAUGUCGAAUACCGGAGCUGGAUCUCCCAAGUACUCCAGAAAGCGCAAUCAAAUCUGUUCUCAACGAGUUAUACAAACUCCAGGAGGAUCUUCAAAUUCAUCUGCAGGGCGGGCCAUUGGCAGAACCAUUUUCUUUGGGAACACAAAGACGAAAGAAAGUUGAUGAUCUUCUAGAGCGAGUCAUGAAAGAAGCGGCAUUGUAUGAGGAAUUUGUUAACAGAGCAUCUCAUCUCAGUCUCGACAAAAUUUUAAACGAAUCCGAAACAUCCAGCGAAGAGGAAUUUCAGGAUUCUGAAACUGUAGACACGGAAUCUGGCGUUCAUGCAUUUGAGGACUCUUUAUCGGAUGUAUCUCGUAAAUCUCUAACUACCGCUUCGACAACUCCACUUUCACCACGUUCGCUAAAAGCGGUAGACCCAAAUCUUUCGCGGCUUCGAUCUAUGUCUUCUGCUUCAAUUCAAUCUGUACAAUCUCAAACCUCAUCACGGCACUCUCAUUCGUCAUCACCCUCAGUGUUGGGACUUGAAGACAUAGGAUCACUUUCUCCGCUAGAACCAUGGGAGGCAUUUAGAUGGGCACCCUUAGCAAAAAUUUCAGAACAACUUUACUCACCUGAUGUUAGCCAAAACGCAGGAUUGGUCACCGUACUUGCCGUAAGUGCCGACUUAUUAGUUGGAUUGUGUGAAAUGGUAAGUGGCAUAAUUGCUGUUGGCACCACUCGUGGUCUAGUCAUGGUAUACGAUUAUCAACAAAAUUUGAAGUGCACUCUCGGUAGCACUGUCAAUGCUGUUGAACAUGGUGCAGUCACUGCGCUAGCAAUUUCUUCGGAUCAUACUCAAAUUGUCAGCGGUCAUGCUCAAGGAUAUAUUUAUAUAUGGGACAUCCAAAAGUCAACUAUUCCUAUGCGGUCUAUAGUGCCCAUUUCUUCGAAUGUCGCUUUAGGUGGUAGAAAGGAAGGGCACAUUCGUGGGUCGGCUAUACUACACGUUGGGUUCGUCGGCGUUCGAAAAAAUGGCAUCGUUUCUGGUGAUGAUCAUGGACUGGCGUUUUAUCACAACUUGUAUAAAGUCAUGAUGGUUAAUGCUACGGAGACUACGCGUAUUCUUGGUCGAUAUCCUUCUCCGGCACAAGAAACUGCUUCGAAACCAAAGAGACCCAGUACAAUUUUUGGUUUAGCACCAUUACCUUUGGGCCAGUUACCCCACGGCUCGGAGAGCUUUGGCUUGGUUGCCAUGCUAACACCCUAUAAGAUGAUAAUAGUGAGCACAAAACCUACGGCAAUGCCGCCGUACAAAUAUUUAAAGCCAAAGAAUGCUGCGUCCGAUUCUAUUACGCCGUCAAAAUCCACCUCAGGGUGUUUAGCAUGGUACCCAGCAGAUAAAUUGCAGCCCGAUCCAGAUUCUCCGAUAAUUCACACUGAUCCGCUUCUCGCAUUCUCGUGGGGAAACCAUUUAAUAAUUAUAAAAGUCAGCGUAGUAUUACCCACGGUUCCCGAGGUUGCCAUAAAGAAACGUCGACAAAAGCGUGAGAUCCGUUUGGAAUUUACUCAGAUUGGCGAGUGGAAGUCCAGAAAUAGUAUAGUGGGACUUCAGUGGCUAUCUUCUCAGGGAGUGCGUCAACUCUUUAUCGGCACCCUUCUGCUAUGGGAAGAUAGGAUAAUUGCACUGACCGAUUCUGGAGAUUUUCUUGAAGGUAUCGCCCUUGCCACAUCAUUUUAUAAUGGUACAUCAUCUCAGACAAUCCUUGGUUUACCCGAUGAGGAGGAAACUCGCCACGCAAUUGUUGGCGAGAGGCUCAUGGGACUUUUAACCAGCUCCAUAAAUUAUGCGUUUUCUAGUGAGCGAACAUUUCAGGGCAUGCUAGAUGAACAUAAUGGCAGUGGUGCGGUCUUGUUUCAUGAUCUGGCUGGCGCGUGUAUAGAAGCAUGCCUUAGCAUGCACCGGGAAGAUUUUCUUUUUGCCGAGGUGUAUGAGAAAUAUGCAGAAGCCUCGGCUAAAGGAAUUCUUCUUGAGGUUUUAGAACCAUAUAUCCUUAAUGAUAAAAUAAAGGAUCUACCUCCGGAAGUGAUGAAGGAUCUUGUUAAUCAUUAUCGUGACCGUCACAUGCUUAAACGCGUGGAGCAAUGCAUAUGGCAUAUAAAUCCGCAAUGCCUGGACAUCGAUCAAGUUGUUCAAUUGUGUAAAAGUGAAGGGCUAUAUGAUGCUCUUAUUUACGUUUGGAAUCGUUCUAUGGUAGAUUAUGUUAGUCCUGCGGUGGAACUACUUGCCAUCAUUAGGCGGAUAUUGAUAUCGGAAAAGCGAAGAAAGAAGAAGCACCGAUUCUCUAUACCGAAUGGCUCCAAUAGUUCUUCAUUCGACCCUUAUGUACUUGAAGGGGAAGAAUUAGAAAAGAAGAAAGCGGAUGCCCGCAAAUUCUACACAUAUUUGAGUAAUAUCCUCACUGGUCACACUUAUCCAAACGAAGCACCAUUAAGCGAAGUCGAGGCCAAUGAGGCGAGAACCACACUUUAUUCCUUUGUAUUUUCGGGUCGGUGCGUUGUAUGGCCGAGAAAUGGGGGUGAACUGAUACUGACGGCGGAAGACGAACAAAAUGGUUCAGAGCCAACAUAUCCUUACCUUAGGCUGUUCCUGAAAUUUGAUACCAAGGCCUUUCUACAGGCCUUAGAAACUGCCUUUGAGGACUCUUAUCUUAAUGGCGUUGAAAUAAUAUCAAAUGGUGAAGAUUAUUAUGGAGAGGAGGAGACUCAUGGGAAAAUAAUUAACCGACAGUUGUUGGUCAACAUACUGCUUGAAGUGAUGACCUCCGGGUCACCGGAAUCCUCGGAAUUCACGCAAUCCGAUAUAUCCUACUUGUACUGUUUUGUUGCCCAGAGUCUACCAAAGUAUACGCAAUUCCUCCUGCUCCCGUCAUCCGUCAUACAUAGGAUUCUCGUAAAACUUAGCACCGACAAUGAUCCUCGUACACGAGAAGAACGACAGCUUUCAGUAGAAUGCUUAUUAUCCAUAUAUACACCACAAGACGAAAGCAAAAUGGUACAAUUAUAUGAAUCCGCUGGAUUCUGGAGAGUAUUGGAGCACGUCUACACCGCCGAAAGGAAAUAUGGAUCGUUGGUGACGACAUACCUGAUGGAUCCGAGGAGGAGAAAUGAUGUUUUUGACUGCAUAAUAAGUUUGCUGAACCCCCAUAGCAAGCUCACCGAAAAGCAGCGAAUGGAAGUUUCGGAGACGGUGAUGACUCAAAUUGAAAAAUUCGUUGACAUUGAUGGAGAACAAACCGCCUCCAUGAUAAAAACUUUUUUUGACAAUGACCAUCGAACUGUCAUCGAUAAUUUAUCAUUAUCGCCAGCACGAUUAUUCACAUACUUGAGAGGUCUCUUGGAACCAUCCCAAGAUGAUGUUAAAGGCGGAGAGCUCGUGCGCGUGCAAACUGUCGAAGAACAGAUAAUUAUGUUCGAAUCAAGAUAUGAAUCAUUUCUAGUGGACCCGGAAAUUCAUGAACGAUAUAUUGAACUUAUGGGUAAAUUUGAUCCCACCGGUGUAUAUCAUUAUCUGCAAACUCAUAGGGAUUCAUAUCGACUCGAACGCGUCUUGCCCAUUUGUGAAUCCGCUGGCAUAGUGGAUGCGGUAGUGUGGAUUUUGGAAAAGAGUGGCAAUCCUUCGGCUGCCCUUGAUAAAGUAUUAGGAAUUGUCGAAGAAAAAAGACGGGAAAUUCUCAUGUUGGUUGAGGAAAAAAAGAAUUCCAAAAACGAUCGAUGGACAUUAAUUGAAAAAACCAAAAUUGAGACAUCCUUAAUGAAGUUGAAGGGUGUGCUCAAGAUUGGAAUCCAUUUGUGUGAAAACAGUUGCCAACGAGCAAUAAUGUCUAACAGUUCUUCCGUAGUUGCUGCAACCAGCCGCAUCACUGAAAGCGAAACGGAAUCACUAUGGUACAGUCUUUUGGACACAUUUUUGGACGCCACCAAGGACAUAUCCUCCAAAGUUGUACCGCCAAUCCCCCCGAUGAUGUCUGAAAAACUUUUGAUGAAUGGACAACUAUCCUCAUUCGAAAUGCCGAGAUCAGCGAUACCACCACACGUUGCCAAUCACCUAAUUACAACCUUCAAAUCAUACGUUCAGUCUAUAAUGAGGUCUUUAUUGUUAUCCACUUCUUCUCCUUACGUUUCUGUGCCAAGACUUUUGCUUCGGUUCAUGCAGUCAUCAACCAAAAGGAACAGUACCGUCGCGGACUUGCGGGAAAUUUUUGUAGGCAUGAUUGAUACAUAUAAAUAUGAAGGUCAGUUGCUAGCUAUGACCAACCGACUAUUUGAAAAGGACUUGUUCAUGGGUGUAGCAGGUGUUGUACGACAGCGUGGUAAAGGCUGGCGUCCUCGCAGGGGGACGUGUGAAGUGUGUGGGGGUCAGUUCUGGGGUACGGAUCUGACCCUCCGCACGGCACCUGGUAGAGGUUCAUCCGAAAAGAAAACGCCCCAUUCAUCAACUAUACCUGCCAAUAUUGCAGAUGCCAUACCGAACCUUGAACUACUAGACCAUUCUGAUCACUCCUCGCUUAACCAACCUGACGAAGCAUCAACCUCGCAAGAACCACUCCCUCCACUACCAACCACUCCCCAAUCACGACCACCGUCGGUCCAUGAAAAUGAUCUACUUCUAUUUCGUUGUGGCCACGGAUAUCAUCGUAGGUGUCUCGAAACCGAAACAAAUGUCAACACCGAGGACGAGACCGAUCCAAGGUGCUCGGUGUGCCAGACCGAAAGACGAGGGGAAAAUGUGGCCCCGUUGGAGAGUAGGCGUGGUUCGGUGGAUCAAUCAUUAGGAAGAGACAAGG